CUCGAAUAUGAACGACAGGAAUAAUAUAUCAAAUGUUCCAACAAAUCAAGUGUGCAUAUCAUAUGGCAAUGAAGCUGAACAAUUACCAAAAUGCCGUUAUUGUUAUUGUCCAGUACAUUCCACAGACACGUUCAUUGCCAUAUCAUGAUGGUUGUAAUUUGGAGAAUGGAAGGAUUUGUUUUGUAUGCAACAAUCUACUUGUUUUUGCCCAGAGUCAGUACCAAGAUGAUUACAUGUCAUUUCAAUCGAAUCAUCCUAGUAAUAUCAACAAGCCGGUGGAACAGGCUGAGUUGGCAACCGAGUGCCCUAUUUGUAGGCGUAUUGUUGGUGCAGCACACAUGUGCAAGAUAUGUAACUUAGUUGUACAUGCAAUUGAGACUUGUUUUAUACCAGAUCCCAACACUCCUGAAGGUUUCGGACAAUCGAGGAUUUGUUUGAACUGCCACGUAAAUGAACCUCCAAAAACUGUUGAUUCGUCUCUAGUUGACUUCUUUGCGAAAUGUUCAACAUGUGGAAUGGCUGGAAUAAAGUGGGGCAUAUGCAUCGUAUGCCGUAAUCUAAUCCAUAGUACAGAUAUCUACUCUGUCCCUUGCAAUGAAGAUGAUAGAGGUGUCCCACAAGGUCGUCUCUGUAAGAGCUGUGCUCGUCGAUCCGAUGCCGGACAAUUGAUCGAGACUCAUUGUAUGGAGAAUUGGAAAGGCCAAGCGAUGAAAUUUCAUCAGAAGGAGAUUCGAGGUCACUUUUUGCAAAAGAAAUAUUCAAAAGCUAUUUUGGCAGAAACUAAAAAGCUCGCUAAAGUACCGAUUUUGAGAACUGGGACGGAUCCUGACUUAAAAGCAGUUUCUUUAAACAACAAAAAGCUGAAUUUAAUCAACACUUGUGCAUUUGACAGUCUUUUCCAAUUGUUCUUGAGUGUGCUAUAUGAUAGUGAUAAAUUUCGUGAAAGAGUUGAACGUUUACGGCUUGGAAAUUUUUUUUUGAAAAUGUUGCUGGAUGUGAGACAAAAUGGAGUCAAUAAAGGAGCUUAUGUCUUGAGAGCUAAAAUGUUGUGGCCCAUAUCAGAGAUACGACGUGAAACUGCCGAAUGUAUUACAAUUGAUGCGCGAAUGACUGUUGGAGGACUGUGUAGAAAUCUGUUAAAAGAAGCACCUUGUUUCGAAGAAAUCUCGAAAUGUGAUACUUGUAAUUAUCAGCGCAAGAAAGAAUUCGUUCUUACAAGUAUCAGCAUUGAAUCAUUCAAACAGAAGAAUUAUAACAAGGCGAUUGAACGUGAAAUUAUCUUGCCUCAAAAUCGAUGUUGCUCAGAGUAUACCCAGCGUAAUGAUGGAUGCAUUGGCAAAAUCACUAAUAAGUUAUUAAUACUGGAGAGUUAUCUUAUUUUUGAAAUUCGAUUGAAUUCAGAAGAUGAGACACUGGGCUUGAUUGAUAUUCCUCGUUCUCUGAAACUGUCAAUGAUACCUGAGGAAUACACCUUGAGAGGGAUUGCAGCAUUUGUUGCGCCUGAUAUCAAGGAACAGAUGAGUGAUAAUGAGCGCAUUAGACAUUACAAGGGUUUUUGUUUUCGCAAUCGGAGAUGGACGGAGUAUGAUCAUAAGAUGAUAAAGUGUGACGACAAUUAUCCAGUUUCACUGCAUUUAGUGUUGUACGCCAAAUGAGAUAUUGUUAUUCGUUCAGAGUAUGUUUAGGUUUAGCUUCUUACUAAAAGAUGAAAAAAUUCGUGAAUUUAGUAGAAAAAACUCUAAAAUCUCUAGUUCCUUGAAUAAUGAAAGAAAAUGUAUUAGUUCAAGCCAUUGAAUUAUCGUUGAUAGAAGCGAAAAAUUUCCAGAAAUUGAAAUAAAAAAGAUGAUAGUAAAUUUCAUAAUUCUUGAAUCCAGAAAAAUUACGAUUAAAUUUCGCCAUUUUUCUCUUAUUUUAAUUAUAGGAAAUUUUCGGCUUAUAAAGACACUUGAACGGCUGUAAUCAAUGCAUCUUCUUCUCCAAUUAGGAUUUCAACAAUCAAGGAACUCGAGAUUUCUCGAUUCUAGACUUUUUUUUCUGAAUUCACGUAUUUUUUUUUGCUCUGUGUAGUUGACAUAUGAUCUACAUGUCAACUUCAAGGACACCCAUUUUAUUUGUCUCAUUUGAU